UGAAGUGUUGGAUGAGAAAAACUACACUAUGUGUCUGUGGGUCCUUCAUACUGCUAUGACUGGACAAAAGAGAAUGUGAAAAGAUGGAGAGAUGGAAUCAGGAGGACCGCCGGACCCUGGUUUGACUCAGACUUACGUGACCUCUGAGUCUGGGUGUUUAACCUGAUCUGAAACCCUUGACGACCUGCUGUCACAGGGCAGACUUUCCAGGUUUGAUCACUUCUGCGAUGACUGAAAUCCAGCAGAAGUUGGAGGGAGUUCACUGAUAGAGUUGGGUACUGCUGGAUCACUAUGGAUUUCUACAAUUGUUUGAGCUUACUUUUCUUCACUCUUCCUCCACAAGUGUGUUUCCAACUUGGACCCCGUGCCCACGCUGAAGAGAGGCUGCUCCAGAAUCUGUUUGCAAAUUACAAUAAGCUCUCCCGACCUGUGAGGAACACUACAGAUACAGUACUAGUCCACUUUGGACUAUCUAUCGCUCAGCUAAUUGAUGUGGAUGAGAAGAAUCAGAUGAUGACUACAAAUGUCUGGGUUAAGCAAGUAAGAAAAGACGAUAGAGAAAAGGCAUAUGAAAUACAGUCCAAUAUAACUCUGCGGUGCAUAAAUAUGAUUAAUGUUUUGCAACAGGAAUGGAACGAUUACAAACUCCGCUGGAACCCAGAGGAUUACGAAAAUGUCACCUCCAUACGUAUCCCCUCAGAGAUUAUCUGGAGACCCGACAUUGUCCUCUACAACAAUGCCGACGGUGACUUUGCAGUUACUCACUUCACAAAGGCGCAUCUGUUCUACGAUGGCCAGAUAAAGUGGAUGCCACCAGCCAUUUAUAAGUCUUCAUGCAGCAUAGAUGUCACGUUUUUCCCUUUUGACCAGCAAAGCUGCAAGAUGAAGUUCGGCUCGUGGACCUAUGACCGUGCCAAGAUUGAUCUGAUCAGCAUGGCCAGCGAUGUGGACCAGAUGGACUACUGGGAGAGCGGGGAGUGGGUGAUUGUCAAUGCAGUGGGCAAGUACAAUACAAAAAAGUAUGAGUGCUGCACAGAGAUCUAUGCAGACAUCACUUACUACUUCAUCAUUCGGAGGCUUCCAUUGUUCUACACUAUAAACCUUAUUAUCCCCUGUCUGCUUAUCUCCUGCUUGACUGUGCUGGUGUUCUAUUUGCCUUCCCAGUGUGGCGAGAAGAUUACCUUGUGCAUUUCGGUGCUACUGUCCUUAACAGUGUUCCUCCUGCUGAUAACAGAGAUAAUACCAUCUACAUCUCUGGUCAUACCACUGAUUGGUGAAUACCUGCUGUUCACUAUGGUCUUUGUCACACUCUCCAUCAUAAUUACCGUCUUUGUGUUGAAUGUACACCACCGAUCCCCACAAACACAUGGCAUGCCUCACUGGGUCCGCAGAGUAUUCCUGGACUUGGUACCUCAGGUCCUCUUCAUGAAGCGUCCACCAGGAACCGCAAAGCAGCACUGCAAGAAGCUUAUUGAGAUGAUGCACCGUCCAACAAUGAUAUCUGCCACAGGCAACUCUCAGGCCUUCUGGACAGGCCUAGAGACUGGGUUGAUACAAAUGGCCCAGGCUGAAAAUAUACUCCCAAAGACACAGUCUGACAGCCCAAGCAUCCUUGUCUGCUCACCAUCUCCACCCUCCUCCCCUCAUGGGAAGCACAAUGAAAAAGAUCACCCACUGAAGGCCGACAUUUUCAGCCGAGCCACAUCUGGUCAGUAUUCAGUUCUCUCAGAGAAGCAACCCCUACGCAGACACAACUCAGCGGCCUCGUCCUCUUCCCAAUUGUCAUUGCCCCCAACUUUGCCACUGGGUCCACUUCGCAACCUGUCGAGGGAAGAACCAAGUAGACUGGCCCCAAAUGGUCGCUCCCACAGCGUAGAGCAAAUGUGUGACCAACAGAAGCCGCUUCCUCAGAAAGCCAGACAUCUGUGUCGUUCCAGCAGCGUCCAGUACUGCUGUCUGCAUGAUGAUGCGGUCUCUGGAAUAAUGGGGCAGUUGAAAAAAACUCCUCCUACAGAUCAGCUAGCAGAAACCCUAACAGCAGAGUCCACAAAAGAUGCAAGUACCCAACAGGAUGCUGUGAUUCCAACUAUUUCUCCAGCUAUGAAACGGGCCAUAGAGGGAGUGCAGUACAUCGCUGAUCAUCUCAGGGCAGAGGAUGCAGACUUUUCAGUCAAGGAGGACUGGAAGUAUGUGGCCAUGGUCAUUGACAGGAUAUUCCUCUGGAUGUUUGUGCUGGUGUGUAUACUGGGAUCUGUGGGACUCUUUCUUCCUCCUUGGCUGGCUGGAAUGAUCUAGAAUCUCUGCAUCAAGGGAAAGAGAGCACGGACAGACAGAAGGACGUGUUCCCCCAUUCUCUUAACAGAAAAAAAGGUUUACCACAUAUCUUUUUAUUUUCUGUUUUUCAAAGGGACUACUUGUCACAUUUCUCGCUCUUAGGCCGGGUCAUCGGAAGGUUACUCGCUAAAAGAUAAGAUGAAAUAUCUAUCAUCGAUUUCAGUGUGCAUAUGAAUUCUUUAUGAGGGCAAAAGGCCAACAGCAAAAAUAUCCUUCCAUGCCACUCCAUUCUGACACUGAGCUGUAUGGCUCAAUCAGAUACUCUUGUAAAAACAGUGAAAAAUUGACUCUAACCCAUGAAGGACUUUGGAUGAUGCCACAGACUGUAGGCACCAGGAGCUGUUCAUAAGACUGUGUAAAGUUUAAUUUAUAGCUAACUUUUAACAUUCCUUCAGUAAUGUCAGUGUUGCAGUAUGUGUGGAACAGAUCAAUGUGCAGUGCUUUCGCCAAAUACAAAAAAAUA